UCAGAGGAGGGACAGAAAACGACAGGAAAAAGUUCAGCUCAGAGCUCCAACACUUGAAUAAACAUCGUAGUGCAUCGGGGUGAGGGUGAACACUUGAAUGAUAAAUGGGAAACAAGUCAUUAUUUUUUCUAUGAAGGCCAUGCCUUAUUAUUAACAAAUGGGUACUGAAGGUGAACUGGGCUCCUGUGUGAGUGUUAACAUCAACAGCAGAGCUGAGUCAAAGUGAACACUUUCAACACAUUAAUAGCCAAGGGCACAUUAACAGGUUAUCUUCGGUAUAUUAAACAACAUAAAAACAAAAAUAACUUAAAGCCUGACUCCUCUUCAAAUCCCCUUGGACUGCAAAGUGCCUGAAGCUCCACAAUACAUGAAGUAUUAGCAGAAUGAACUGCAGUGCAUUCAGACCCUUUCACUUUUCUCACAUUUUAGUUGCAGCCUUAUUCUUAAAAAAUUAUUUUUCCAAUCUUCACUCUUCACCCCACAAUGACUAAACAAAAACUGAAUUUUAGAAAAUUUUGGAAAUGUAUUAAAAAUGAAAAACUGACAUUUUUAGAUUCUUCCAACUAGCGCGUCUGAAAAUAGGAGAAUUGUCCAACAACCAAUAACUACACAUUUACAGCCAUGCUAGCAGCACUGUGAGGCUCUACUUAGUGACAGCCAGCUUUAAGCUAAAUGCUAAUGUCAGCAUGCUAACAUUCUCCCAACACACAUAUUUACAAAUACACACGUUUACAUAUUGAUGUUUUAUAGGUGAUUUUAUGAAUGUUCAACUUCUUAGUUUAGCAUGUUAGCAUGCUAACAUUUGCUAAAUACUAAACUCUGUCCCUUGGAUUUUGUUUCGUUUUUUUUGUAGAUUUGAAAACAUGUGCUGGAUAGAAACACCAGGGUCAGGGGAUCACUGGCAGCAUUAGGAAUCAUCCUCCGGGGACCAACGAUAUCCAACGUAAAUUUCAUGACAAUCUGGACACCAGUUGUUGUGAGACAAACAGUUGGACAGAUGGACCGACGGAAGAGCAUUUCAACCUCCUCUCCCCACUCCACUCCCAAGAACCCACCACUACAUUUUCAAAAUACCAUGGCAUGGACCAAAGUGCUGGUCAAGGGGGAAUUAAUGAUGAAUAUUUCUACUAUUUUACUAGAUAAACUAGCAAGUAAAAAAACGAGAAGAGAAAAUAAUAUGAGACCAGCCAAAUUUACAACCAUUUUUGAUUUAAUAUAGAUAUAAUGACCCUUUUCUAACAUCCAGCACAUGAGAUUUGCAGCUCCCUCUCUCUCCUGUCGGCAGAGAGUUGAAGCUGCUGCUCUAAUCAAAGCACUCCCACUAGUGUGGCAGCAGCAGACGCAAGGACGCACCGAUCUCUGGUCCACUCCUGAGACUGAAAACCUACACAGCAGCACCCGGCGUCGCAGCUCUUGACGGGACCGGAUGACUAAUAUGACUGAACUGCAAGAGAACAGGAUAAUCUGAACCAGCACCUCAGGCUCUAUAGUUUGGUAUGUCCAACACGUGCUGGCACUGUGUUCCCGGUCGUUUUUACAUUGUGAGCAGACAACGAGCGGAAUAACUGAGGAAACACUUCACUCAUAUCAACUCAACUCUACAACGCCUCCUCAUGGGGAUUGCAGUCUACAACAUCUCUGCCACCUCAGCCAGGGUGAGCUGGCCAUCGCACCCCGGUUGCCUGGACACCUUCUACAGCGUCAUGUACGACCCCAACUGGAACAGCCUCCUCAUGGGCUACAAGCGCAAGAGCUUCAUGCACGAGGAACGCAUCCCCGUCAGUCAGACCAGCGCACACCUGGCCAACCUCCUCCCCCAGACCGCCUACUUCUUGUGCGUGACGUGUCAGGCCGCCAAUCCGGUGCGGGAGCAGUGCCAGGUGUUCAGCACUCUGAGCGAGAGCGGCGAAGGUCAUGACAGAGCGGGCUGGGAGCUCGCCAUGGGCGUCUGGCUGACCUGCUGCAUCUUGCUCCUGGUCAUCGCCGGCAUCCUGUUGUGGGGAUGUCUUCACACCAUCUGCUCCCUCCAAGUCCAGGCCGCAGACGGCUGCCCAGUGGUGACCAACUCAACCCUCCAAGACAUGUCCACAUCUGGACGCCUCUACACGCCCCGAAGCAGCGAGGACAGCACCAAACACGCCACCAUCAGGCAGCCCCCCCUCCACUCAGCGCAGACCACUGGCCACAUAAUUGCCCAAGACCAUGAGCUGAGGACGCUCGCUAAGCUGUCUGGCAGCGAGCCAGCAUGAAUCAACUGGAUUGAGGUCAUCACAGCAUUGUUCUGCCCGCACUGAAUUGUCACUGAGUAUUUUCAUCCACUUAUAAAAUCCUAUUUGGGUUUAAGAGAAACAACAAUGUUUUCAAAGGAACCAUUUAAAUCAAAAAAUGAAUAAAUAAAACAUAAAUGAUCUGAAAACAUAUUAAUUAAUUAAUCUUGUCUGUAUUAUUAUAUAUUAUAUCUAUUGUCCCACUGAAUGUUUCUCAUGAAGGACUUUUUGAUCUCAAAGUUUUCGUAAUACAUUUAGAUUUUGCACGUUUCACACACUGUUUCCCAUCAUUUUGCAUUUCCAGCUAUAUUCUAUGGAUGUAUAUAACUAAUAUGUAGUGAAUGUUUGACUUCAAUAUGUGGUCUGAAGAGGAGUCAGUCAAGUCCUGCCAGGAAAUCAAUAAAAAACAACCCUCCACUCAUGGAAUCCUAGAGCAUAAAAUGAAAAGAUCUUCCUUCUGUUCCCUGUGAGUGCUGAUAAAAGAACA